AUGUCAGCUGAAACAUGACAAGCUGGAGAAAGAGAACCAGGAUCUCGUGUCCCAGCACAACGCGAUAGAGAAAGAUAAGAGAGACGCCACCAACUACCUGAAAUGCUUCGUGGCUGCAAAAGAGAAGAAGGUGGACGAGCUGGAUGAGCAGCUGGAGAUUCAGCAUCUGGCUGCACAUCAGGACAGGGAGGUCCUGAAGCUGCAGCACAGCCACAAUGUGCAGGAGUUACAGGAACACAUCGACAAACUGAAGGCUGAAAUCACAGAGCAGGCUGCAGAGAUAAAGGAGCAGAGGGAGCAGCUGAUGCAGCUGGAGCAGACUCUGUCUUACAUGGAGUCUCUGAAGGCACAGCUGAACUGUCAGAGAGAAGAGCACAAAGCUGCCAUGGACAACCUGAAGAAGAAUGAAGCGUUAAUGAGACAGAACAAGGUUGAGAGGCUACAGAAUAUCACUGAUAAAAAAAUUGAGGCGGAGAAGUCAAAAGUUCUGAAGAAGGAACUUUGUUGGGUUGAGUACCAGCAGGCCCUGGUGAGGGAGAGAGAGGCCCUGCUGAAGCUGACUGAGGACCUGCGGGGAAGACGGAGCUCCAUUUGUGAGGAGAGGGAUGAGAUUCAGAAACAUGUUGAAGAGAUCGCCCCGAAAGGCCUCGGCCGGAAGAAGGAGGUGCAGAAGCUGAGGAAGACGUGCCUGCGGCUGACGGCGGAGCUGGAAGACUUCAACGUGGACUACUUCAUCAGAUCGCCUUAGUGGAAGAACUGACGUACGCUGACCACUCCUCAAGUUCAGACUACGGUUGCUGUUUUCUUGAUUUAACAGUCAAAUGAUGUUUAAGACAAAUAGCUGCAUUUAUUCCUACAUCAGUGAGCCAGUAUAAAUGUGGCCCAGGGGGCAUCCGGACUUGAACCGGAGACCUCUUGAUCUGCAGUCAAAUGCUCUACCGCUGAGCUAUACCCCCACACACACUCAACUGGCACCGUGUCACCGUGUGCUUUGUGUUGUUAGAAAAACGCUGGCUGCUUUGUCCGAGGAGAAACUUCAGAGAGCAGGCGAGCUGGUUCAGCUGGAGGCCGGCCUGCAGACGCAGAGGAGCGGGAUGAUGCAGCUGGAGGGAGUGAAGCAGGAGGCAGCCGUCAUCCUCCGACACAUCCUGGAGGUCAAAUCACAGAGUCAGGACUCAGAGAAGUCGUCGUACACUCGAUGGAAGAUGGAGAGGCUGCUGGAUAUCCUGGAGAGCUCCGCCCCCCAGGGGAAGCGCUCCACCCUUCACAGCUCCCCUAAACCUCGGACCGCUGACCUCAAACCAGCGAGGAAACUCUGCGCUCAGAAGACUUCCAGCUGUGAAAAUCUGUCCACUCCUCGUGCUCCUCGGGGGGCUGAUCAGGAUCCAGAGACCUCCACCUCUGCAGAGCGAUGAACAGAAUCCAGAGAACAGCCUUUCAAAA